GCGUGUCAUAAUUGCAGUCGCCAACUUAUCUUGUGAAAUACUGACGAAAACUGAGUGCAAUUUUCUUACAUGUCAUCGUAUAGCAGGUCAUUGCUGAUAAUAAAUUAAACUUCAAGGCGUCUGAGAAACAAUAUGCGAUUUGGACUUCUAGUUUUGUGUGCUCUGUUGAAGACGGCCUGGUGUGAUUACAAGUGUAUAUGUAGUUAUGUGGUGGAACGUGAUGUAUAUUCUAUGCCAUCAAACGACAGCGAUUCGAUUGGCUACCUGUACGAGUUUGACUGUAAGCCGUUUAUCACUGAAGACGCAGACUGGUUUACAGUUGCAUACGAACACAAAUUGGGUUAUGUUAAGAAAGGUGACAAAAUUGUGAUUCAAACUUGUCCCGGGCAAUACCCGGAUGCUGAUAAGAUCACGAAUAGCACCGUUUCUCCAAGUUCAAAUUCCUACACUGUUGAAGCGAGUGUCCCAUCAGCCGACGCUACCGAGCCACCUGCUGAACUAGCAUCUACGCAUGCGCCAACUACAGUUGAAGUACACACUUUCACGACCACACAAAGUGCUCUACAAGCUUGUGCGGCGCUUACCCAUCAAUCCAGUACAGCGUUUGCAAAUAAUAACUUUUGCUACGAACUGGUCACACUACACCAAACAUUUUCCGAUGCUGAGAGAGAGUGUAUGAGAAAAGGAGGGCAUUUAGCCCAUAUCCAAAGUAUGGAGGAGCAAGCGUUUCUGACGAGUAAUCUUCAGCAUUUCGUUGGUGAUUCUUACAUUUGGAUAGGUUUACAAGACACCGGCCGUGAAGAGCACUUUGAAUGGACUUCCGGGGAACCGUUAUCAUUUACGUAUUGGUAUCCGUACCGGAAGGACCUUUUUCUUCAUAAUUUUGAGGAUUGUGUUGCUAUGAGAACGCAUAACUUUGUGAAAGUCUUUGAUGGAGAAUGGGAAGAUUUGCCUUGCAGCAGGGCUCACUCAUAUAUCUGUCAAUUUGAUAUUCAAUCUGGACUGAACGUGUUCGGGUGAGAUCUGAGCUGUCGUUUAGAAUUCGACAAUGACCACAUGUUUUGUAACAUGAUAUGCUAUUAAAAAGUGUAUUUUGAA